GAGCAUGCACUGCAAUGCAAACAUAUAAUCUAAAUGGGUGCCACAGCAGUAGCUACUAAGCCUCAUGCUGUUUGUAUUCCAGUGCCAGCUCAAAGCCAUAUAAAGGCAAUGCUUAAAUUUUCAAAGCUACUCCACCAUAGAGGCUUUCAUAUUACAUUUGUCAACUCGGAGUUCAACCACAAACGCUUUCUAAAAUCCUCGGGCCCCAACUCCCUUGAUGGCUUGCCUGAUUUCCAAUUCAAAGCCAUCCCAGACGGCCUUCCAGAUUCAGAUGCAGAUACCACCCAAGAUGUCCCAUUGCUUUGUGAUUCAAUCAGAAAACAAAAUUUCUUGGCUCCCUUCCGUGAACUACUCAUGAAACUCAACGGUGAUGCCAUAUCAACAUCCACUAAUCCUCCAGUAACUUGCAUAGUUUCAGAUGGUUUCAUGUCGCCGUUCACAAUCACAGCCGCUGAAGAGAUUGAAGUCCCUAUAGUGCUGUUCUACACUAUUGCUGCAUGCAGCUUUAUGGGCUGUAUACAAUUUCGUGCUUUGGUUGAAAAGGGACUUGCACCACUCAAAGAUGAUAUCAGUUUGACAAAUGGCUAUUUGGAAAAGGUUAUAGAUUGGAUUCCAGGAAUGAAAGAUAUCCGUUUAAAGGAGCUCCCAACCUUUUUUCGAACUUCAGAUCCUGACGACAUCAUGUUUAACUUCAUAAUGGAAUCAACCGAUAGAGCUCAUAAAGCUUCUGCAGUUGUUCUUCAUACUUUUGAUACCUUGGAGCCAGAUGUUUUGGGGGCUCUCUCAUCUAUGCUUCCACUUGUUUAUCCAAUUGGCCCUCUUCAAUUACAUCUCAAUCAAAUACCAGAACACCCCUUGAAUAUUGGAUAUAGUCUAUGGAAAGAAGAAACAGAAUGCCUCGACUGGCUAAACACUAAGGCGCCAAAUUCAGUUGUGUAUGUGAAUUUUGGCAGUAUAACAGUUACGACACCUGAACAUCUUGUCGAGUUUGGCUGGGGACUUGCAAACAGCAAGGUUCCCUUCUUUUGGGUAAUUAGACCUGAUUUGGUUAUUGGCCAAUCAGCGCUUUUGCCGGCUGAGUUUUUGGCUGAAACAAAAGAAAGAAGUCUCAUUGCGAGUUGGUGCCCACAAGAGCAAGUCCUGAACCACCCAUCAGUGGGAGGAUUUUUAACACACAGCGGUUGGAAUUCAACCAUGGAGAGCCUCACUGCAGGAGUGCCUAUGCUCUGUUGGCCAUUCUUUGGCGACCAGCAGAUGGACUGCCGCUAUAGUUGCAAUGAAUGGGGCAUUGGCAUGGAGAUUAGUAAUGAUGUGAAGAGGGAUGAGGUAGAGAAGCUUGUCAACGAGUUAAUCGAGGGAGAGAAAGGUAAGAAAAUGAAAAAUAAGGUCCUGAUGUGGAAGAAGCUUGCAGAAGAAGCUACUGAACCACAUGGUUCUUCAUCCAAAAACUUAAACAUGUUAGUGAAUCAAGUGCUACUAAGAAAAAUCUAGACGUCAUCCGUAAGAAUAUUUCUGGUCAUGUAUUUCUUCCUUUAGCUCUAGCGAUGUUUUGUUAUUGUUAUUCAUCGCCUCAAAUAAUAAUCGGCUAUAGCUAUAUAAACGGUAGGGUGGUGCUAUCCACGCAACCCCUUUUACUUUGCA